AUGGUUAAAAUGAUUGGUACUGAGCCAUCAAGUGAAUUAGAAUGGGAUGAGCCAUUAGGAAGGGUGCCAAUCUUUUCCUAUGGCUCUGGGCAUAUGCUAAAUGAUAUCACAUCAUCUUGUUGGUUUACAUAUUUGUUGGUAUUCUUGACGGACGUCGGCCUUAGUCCAAGUGAUGCUGCUAUUGUCAUGCUUUCCGGUCAGUUGGCGGAUGGCUUCACAACAAUCUUUGUUGGUGAGCUGAUUGAUCGUUUUGGACAUUUCAAACUGUGGCAUGCAGGAGGAUCUAUUCUAGUAGCAAUUUCCUUCUCAUCUGUUUUUGGUAGCUGUUUGCCUUGCAAACUCACGGGGACUAAUUCGUCAACUCUGGAGACUGUUGGAUACAGCAUAUUUGCCUCUAUUUUUAAUGUUGGUUGGGCAGUUACCCAAGUCGCUCACAUGUCAAUGGUGAACUGCAUGACGUCAAACCCAACAAGUCGGGUUGCACUAGUGAGCUGCCGCAAUGCCUUCACGAUGGUCGCAAAUCUUAGCUUGUAUGGCAUUGCUUUGUUGAUAUUUACUCUAAUGCGGUCAGUGAGUGUAUUAGUUCAGUAUCGUUGGAUUGCUUAUACGGCCAUUUCCAUCGGAUGUUGUUUUGUUGUCGCGUUCUUGAUUGGAACAAAAGAGCCAGGGUUAAAUCAACCUUCUCAGGAUAAGAGCCUCUCCAGAAUUUCAUGGGCCCACUGGUUCAAGAAAGUAUUGUACUACCAAGUUGCUCUAGUCUACAUGUGCACUAGAUUGGUAACCAAUGUUUCGCAGGCAUUUCUUGCUUUCUACGUGAUAAAUGAUUUGGGAAUGCACCAAUCUUCCAAAGCGCUGGUACCUGCUAUUAUCUAUGUAUGCAGCUUGGUAGUAUCUGUCAUGUUACAGGAGACUAGAUGGUCGGGUUGGCGUCUAAAAAACUACUUCUCAGCUGGAGCAAUGAUUUGGAUAUUGUCCGGCAUUGGAAUUGUUCUCUUACCAAGCAGUAUGCACAACUUCAUGUAUGCCCUUUCAAUCACGAUAGGAGCGGCCAAUGCACUUAUGACAGUCACAAGUAUCAGCAUGGAAGGUGUUUUAGUAGGAGAAGAUCUAAAUGGUUGUGCUUUUGUAUACGGCUCUUUAAGUUUUAUUGACAAAGUGUCAUGUGGCAUAGCGUUGUAUAUCCUCGAGUCCUACCAAGGAAGCACCAAGAUCAGUGAGAACCAAGAAUUGGCAUACGGCUAUUCCGUUACGAGACUCGGUCUGGGGCUAGUUCCAGCCGUCUUCUCGCUUCUUUCAGCCAUAGUAGCUCAUACCAUGGACCUCCCUGAAGCUCGACGGAGACCUCUAGUGGAGCCUCUUCUUGCCUAA